AAUAGCGAAUGUAUAUUUACCUUUUAUAAAUAAAGUCUAAGAAGAACCAAAAGCAUUUCAAAUUUCAAUAUUCUCAGAAAUCGACAAAUCCGACAAUGUAUGAGCCUCAGCAGUUACUAGAUUUGCAGGACAACAAUGGCGGUUUCGGUGCCGGAGCUGACUCCAGGUCUUGGCUUUCCGGCGAGGACCGCUCUCCUACUCUCCGGCGAACUGAUUCUUCUCUCUCUAAUUCGGCUGCCGGAACUGUUGACCGUACCCUCUUUAAUGACCUCGUCCAGAUCGUCCCCCUUGUUCAAUCUCUCAUUGAUCGAAAGGCGAAGUCUUCAUUUACUAGAAGGGGAUCAAUGACCUACACUAAAACGCCUUCAAGGGAGUCUCUUUACAAGAAGACUUCUGAAGCAAAAGGAAGAAAUGCAGCUCAAUCAACAAAAAAGCAUAGGGACCAAAAUAAAAAUGUUGGUGGUGACCAAGAUGGAUGCUCUGAUAACAUUUCAAUGCCUUCCUCAAGAUCAUAUUUGUCAGAAAAAGAUAGAGAAGAAUUGAUGGCUUUGAGGGGGCAAGUGGAGGAUUUGCAAAAGAAAUUAUCGGAGAAAGAUGAACUUUUGAAGGAAGUUGAGAUCUCAAAGAAUGAAAUGGCUUCUAUUUAUGUUAGACUAGAUGAAAUGAAGAAGGAAUAUGCAGAAAAGGACUCUUUACUCAAAUUGACUCAAGCGCAACUAUCAGAUGCAAAGGUUAAGCUAGCUGACAAGCAAGCAGCUGUGGAGAAGUUAGAAUGGGAAGCUAUGACUUCCAGCAAGAAAGUGGAGAAACUACAGGAUGAUUUAGAUGUGGUGCGGCAAGAAAUCGCAUGGUUCAUGCAGUUUGUUCAACAAUUGACAAAGAAUGGUUCUAGGACUUUAGCUGAAGAUUAUGAUGUUAUCCCUUACUUAUGCAACAAGAACAUUGAAAACAUUUGUUUUGUACAGGAUCAGCCAAAUGAAAUUGGAAUGGAGGAAGUAGAUUUGGCAAGAGAAGCUUAUAUUGCAGCAAUUGCUGCUGCUAAAGAAAAUCAAGAUGAAGCAUCUUUUUCCGAAGCUGCCAAAGCAAGAUUAUAUCUGCAGUCACUUGUUAUAAGAACAUAACAUGGAUUCUAAUUGGGAAAUUGUCUGCUAUAGUUUGUAUUAUUACUAUGCAAAUGAUGUUGUUCAAAUAAUUAACGGUGACAGUAAAUUUCUUAAGUAUAAUUAGUUAGUAAUGUGCUGUAUUCUGAACAGUGUUAUUGAAUGCCACUUUUUUUCUUUUUAUAGUUGA